AUGCCAGCAAACACUAGCUUCCUGAUGAAGGUUCAUCACUAUGUGGUGACUUUGGCUUGCCUGCUUUCCCUCUUGGCGCCGAAGGCCAGAUACGUGUACUUGGGUAACCAUGCCGGCAUCAAACAUUGCUGCCUUGGCUGGAGGCUUGCCUUGGACCUAGGGCAACGUUCCGAAACUUUGAAGGUGGAUAGUCUGAAGUUGCGGUUGGAUGCUGAAGAUUUGCAGCAAGCGAUUAAGGAGGCGCAAACAGGAAUGUUCAACAUAUUCAAAGUCUCAGCUGGUGUGGAUACAUCUUCCGGCGCCGCCCAGCUGGCUGAAGCCAAUCACUUGCUGCGAAGGGCCAGUCUCCAGAAGGCUUUGCCUCCUUGCGUUGAUGAUGUGGAUCAAGUGGCCUGGAAGGGCCACAUCUACCGCACGCUCUACGGUGCGAAAGUCGAAGGGGAAACUCCUACCAGUUGCGAAGAGACUUCGUAUCAGGAGAUGCCUGAGAACUACAGCAUUGCUCCAGACGAGGUAAGCAUCGUGUCCCACGUCAUCGCUGCGCACAAGUGGGGCAUCUACCGAGUUUGCCUCGAAACCGGGUGCUACGGGACGAAGCAUGCCAAUGGUGAAGCUGGGGAGCAGCUGAACAACGGCCAGUUUUGGGAGAUGGACGCUGGUAAGUACAAAGUCAAAGAAGCUUGCGCGGGAGAAAGCUACCACCGACUUCUCUUGCGUCAACAAUGUCAGGUGACGCUUGAUGGCUUUAAGAAGUUCGCCUAUUCCACGGGCAUCGGAACCACUGCAUAUUCAGAGAUACCGCGAUUUGCCAACGAAGGCUCGUAUUCAGAGAUUCUCCAAGCAGCAAAGGAUGCAUGCAAGACUGAUGCAGACUGCGCAGCUUUUGAGAUCAUGCGGGCCUUCAGUCUGGACAAAAAUCCUGAAUUCAGAGACUGGGGUCAAACCUGGGCUGACAAGAUCGAUGCUUCCGACGGUGGGUGGCUCGUAUACAAGCUUCACAAGCGCGACGCCGGCUCAGACUUCAGCAUGCACGAUACAGAGGAGCUCGACUGGUAUGCGUCGAAUCGCGACGAGGUUAUCUACAAUUACAAGGCAACGCCGCUGCGUUGCAGCUGGAAGACCAACUUCACCUGUGGCUUUGGCCCGCGUAUCAACAUCGCAGUUUCUACAACGGCAAACUCGAAGGAGGAUUGCGAGGCUCACUGCCAGUCCAGCCAAGUCGCAGAGCCCGUCCGAGGAUGCUGCUCCUACUCGUCCGGUCAGUGCAAAUAUGGCGAGGGUGCUCAACUGGACUCCACAGAGCCUGGAACAAGCUCAGCGGAUUGUUGGCCGGAGAUCGUACCAACAACGACAUCGACUACAACGACUACGACCACCACGACGACAACGACAACCACAACGGAGACGUCUACGACGACCACAACAACCACCUUCACAACGACAACAGUCACCACGACCAGUACAUCUACAACCACAAGCACGACCACCACCACAACAACAACCUCCACGUCGACUACCACAACAACGAGCACAAGCACAUCAACAACAACGACGACUACCACUACAACAAGCACAAGCACCACCACAAGCACAACCACUACGACCACCACCACGACAUCUACGACAACCACUACCACUACCACCACAACCACCACGACGACUACCCCGUGGAUAUCUGGCAUUUCGCCAUCCUGCAUUACGGUGAACAAGGUCACUGAAAUUACGUUCUAUGGCGGUGAUCCCGGUGACAAGGUGAGAUUCGAGGUAGACUGCGACUCCGUUUCUGAUGACAACUUCACAGUACUGCAAGAUGGACGAGAAGGAGCAACGGCCGAGUUCUCUCCCACGGAAAAGGGAGACGGCUUUCUAUUGUGCUACAAGCGCGGGCACGAAGAAGUUCAUGGUGAGCAUCACUUGACGUUGGAUGUGAAGGGUCCAACUGGUACUGGCCACAUCUCCUCGAUAAGUCCGACUUUGGUGAAGAAGUCCGAAGCGGCCGAAAUAGCAUUGGAUGGUCCUGAGAAGACACAGGGCAGAGUGUGCUUCGCCCCAACCUGCGCAUUAUGUCCGCAGCUAUAUGAUGGCACAGAGUAUCCAACAGUGGAAAUUCCGGGCACAGUGAGCUUUGUGAAGGAGGCCAACAAGCUGCACCUUGUGGCUCCUCAGAACGACAGCAACGUCUACAAGGUUUGCUACCAAGAAGAAGACAGCUGUGAGUGGGCCGAGCAAUCUGGUGGUCUCAAGAUCCGUUUUGAUCCACACAUCAAGGCCAUCGACCAAAGAUGCAUCGGAGCGAACAGAGAUGCCACUAUCAAAUUUGAGGGUGCCUGGCCGGGCGAUCGGGUCCAAUUCGCUCCCAGCUGUGAUAGUAUCACGGAGCCAAAGGAAGAAUUGCACGGUGAGAACAAGCGAGCAAUGUGGUAUGCAGGUGAAGCCCUUGACGGUCUCAAGCUGUGCUACAAGCCAGACUCUUCAGAUGCAGUUUCGGGAUACAAGGCAAAUGUCCAGGAGCAGGAUGACAUCCUGCUCUACAUCAAAAAGGUCACGUUCAAAAACAUCAUCAAAUCGCUCCUGGCAGCAAUGGGAUGUGUAGGACCUUGUGUCCUCUGA